AUCGAAGCAGUUGCCUUAAUACGGAAAGACGUUUGUCGAAAAAGAUAAUUUGUGUUAUUAGAGUUACUGUCAUGCGCUCAUUCGGGACUGUUUAUAAAGAAAUACACACAUAAAUACAACCAGAUUGAAGAAGUCUAUGUGGCUGUGUGCUGACACUCAGUAAUUUUUCUUCAGUAGUUCAACGGAGUAUUUUUUGAAGUGAGCGGCGUAUUUCUUUCGUUAGGAUCCAUUUGGUACUAUCUGUUAGGCAACCCGAAUUUCCAGUUGAAUUUUUGUGGUUUGCAACCUCGACGUCCUUCUGUUCGUAUACUUUUAAGGCGUGUGUUAUUUUUGUUAUAUUAAGGGCAUACAGCUGUUUUGAGUUAAAGAGAACUUGGGUUUUGACCUUGUGACAUAUCUCCGAAAGUGAAUAGUUCCAGUUGAUCGUCAGGAGACUUGUUAAUUAAAAUAUAGUUGCAAGUAGCCUUAAGAAGAUAUCUUUUCCUGUUGCAGUCCUCUGCGAUGGCUGAUUCUCUGAAGUUUGGACCUGAAUGGCUGCGCACGCUGAACCAGUCACUGGCUGCGUCAGCUGCUGCGAGCAAUGCCUGCACGCCGCCUUCCAGCGAGGGCAGCAGUGGGGGUGGGGGCGGGCACGGGCCCUCGACGACGACUGCGGGGGUGGGGGCGGGGCCGAUGGUGCCGCGGCCUGCGCUUACCCUUGCUCGGCACCGGUACGGCCGCGAGGAGAUGUUGGCCCUGUUCGACCCGGGCCUUCCGCCCCCGCCUCCAUCGCCAGCUGCCCUUGCCGUGCUCUUCGUGGAGCGCGCUCAGCCACCUCUUGCUCUGGUGCAGAUGUCGGAUGAUGAAACACGGGUGUGGAACCGAGGCGUGAAUAGCGACGCAGUCCUGAGGAUGUCGAAGAGCACCGGUGCCGGCGGCCCAUCGGGUCAGCCGACUUCGGGGCCGGGCGGAGCGGGUGGGAGGGGAGGCGGCCUCGGGGUGACGGGUGGACCCGGAGGCCUCCGGGGACAGUCGCGCAGCCUCGGCAUCCCGGGCAGGGGCGCUGGCAGUGGGCCCGGCCCCGGCGUGCUGUCCGGCUCCGCCCCCUUCUACCGGUACGACGACUCGAGUGCUGCCGGCGGUGACAGUGGUGGGGACGGCAUCCGCGGUGGCAGCAUCGGCUCCCUCAGGCCGGGCCGACCGUUCGUCAGGAUGCAGCAGAGUUCGGAGCGCAACUGGUCGGACCGUAACGGCACGGACCACGAGUGGGGCGGGGGUUCUGGACCGGGCAGCUCCGCCCUCGGCACCAGCCCCCGCAAGGACUUCGGGCGCGGCUUCGACAGCUGGCGGAGGCAGGGGCGCAACACGGUCAACUCCGAGCAGGACGACGACCCGCCAGCUCCUGGAGGUUGGAGGAGCUCUACCACCAAGUGGAGUGGUCGCACCGGUGGCAAUAGUUGGCGCUCGGACUCGGAACCUAACAAGGACACGGGCGGCUGGUCGGUCCCACGCAGUAACAGCAACUCGUGGGGCGACGACCACGUAUCGUCCCGCGGUCCCCACCCGCACGUGCACAGGCCUUGGGAUCCACAGCCGCAUGCCCACAAUCACCCUGCGGCGCACGGGACGGACAGCGACUCCGUGUCUGGGCCACUACCCGAAUGGGCGACAGAGACGCCAACCGAGUCGAGGGGUAGCUUUGACGCUUCGGGGGCAUUCCACGGAGGAACUCCCCUGUCUGAUGACGAGUUCUUGUUGUCGCAGGACGGUAGUGGAGGUCACAGUACUGCUCGUGGGCAACGCCAUUCUGCUCUGUCGGGAGAUCCCGGCAAGAGGGCCGGGUCACCACUCACGCAGCGUGACACUGUCCCACCGGGAGUGUCGCGGUCGGCAUCACAGAAUGGUAUUGGAGACCCGGCAGAGCGGCACAUUCGACCAAUGCAGGAGGUGACCAAGAGUGCUUCUACUGGCAGCGAUUCGCCAAGGAGUGUAACAUCGAGGAGCACAGAUCGAUCUGGUGGCACCGAGGAUGUCGAGUCGCGUCGUACUGCCACGGAAAAGCAGACGCCUCCGCCGCCGCCGGCACCUUCGAUCGCCCCUUCUGACAGGGGCAGGGAGAGGGAGAGGAGCUCGAGCAGGCCCGACGAGGAGAUGGAGCGAAUGCGCGAGGUGGCGGACGACCUGGUGGCGAAGCUCAUGGAGGACGAGGACCACCGUACGGGCGUGCCCCCACCCACGUCCGUCCCGCCCGGCAGUGACAAGUGGUACUACCGUGACCCACAGGGGGACGUCCAGGGACCAUUCUCAUCGAGUGAGAUGCUGGACUGGUUCCGUUCGGGAUACUUCAACCUGACGCUGCUGGUGCGGCGAGCGUGUGACGAGCGCUACUCGUCACUAGGAGACAUCAUUAAGCUGUGGGGGAGGCUGCCUUUCACGCCUGGUGGACCACCCGUGCCUCCUAUUAAGGCGGACGCAAUCCCCCCCGUCUCUUCCGUUUCUGUGCCGCCGCUGGUGCCUGCGGCGCCACCACCCACGUCCGACAUCCUUUCGGAUAGCCACGGCCAUAAUCUGCUGAUGCAACAGUAUCAGUACCAGUACACCAUGCUGCAGAGACAGCUGCUUCUGGGGCAGCAGGCGGCGGUGCACGCGGCAGCCCAGGCGGCUAUCGGCGAGCUGUCCCAGUCGGACCGCUGGGCCACACUCUCCCCCAUCGAGCAGAGGCGGCUGGUGACAGAGCGGCUGGCACUGCAGCAGAUGCUGGGUGUGCCGCCGUUGGUGCCCCCCGUGUCGGUGCCUCCGCCGUCCAUUGUGGACCUCUUCUCGGUGGCCGCGGCGCAACAGCAGCCGGGACCGCAGCCCGCGCAGCAGCCGCCGCCCCCACCCCCGUCCGCGCAACCCCAGCCCGUGUCCGCGACCAACCCCGUUGCCCAGCUCAUCUCCCAGAUGCAGAUGGGAGCAGUAGCUGCCGCCGUUGCCCCGAAAGAACACCAACCGCCGCCACCGCACGCCCUGGUGGAUCCGCUGCAGCAGCUGAUCCAGCAGAUGAGCGGCGGCCUGCCGUCAGUGUCGUCGGCCCCCAGUGUCCCACCUCCCGGCGGCCAACCGCUCGGAGGUGGCAUAGGACUCGAUUCGGACGGCCCCGGCAGGACUUUGCUGCAGACAUUGAAUGCGGGGAAGCCUCCCGCUAUGCCUCCGCCGCGGCUUCCACCUGUGCAGGUAGACUCCGUGUGGGGUGGCAGCGUGCCUGCCGGCUACAGCUUGGGAGUGGGAACUGCUGCACCCUGGAUGAACGCAGCAGUGACGACGCCCACGCCACCUGUCUCGUCGACGUCGUCCGUGCCUCCCGGGCAGCUUCCUUCGUUGCCUAUGUCGCUGUGGGAUUUGGCACAGCAGCAGGGAAAAGACAUAAAGACGGAGCACCAGGUGCUUGAAGAACAACUCAGGGCUGAAGAAGAAAGGAGACUGGAGGAACAAAGAAAACGCGAGGAGAAUGAAGAAGCUAUGCGGAAGCAAAAAGAGCUGUUGGAAAAGGAGGAGGAAGAGAAGAGAAAACUAAAAGAGAAAGAAGAUGAGGAAAAGAAGAAGAAAAAGCGACAAGAAGAGGAGGAAGAGAAGAAGAAGCGAAAGCAACUGGAGGAGGAAGAUAAGAAGAAGAAGAAACAGCAGCAGGAGGAGGAAGAAAGGAGACGGAAGAAGCAACAGGAAGAGGAGGAGAAGAAGAGAAAGAAACAGCAAGAGGAGGAGGAGAGGCGCAAGAAGAAAGAGGAGGAGCGGAGAUUGCGUGAGCAGGAGGAGGAAGAGAAGCGGCGGAAGAAGGAGCAGGAGGAGGCAGAGCGUCAGAAGAAAAAAGCAGAAGAAGCAAAGAAGAAAGAAGAAGAAGAGAAAAAGAAGCAGGAGGAGGAGGAGCGAACGAGGCAGCGGCGGCAAGAACAGCAGGAGAAAGCACUGCGCAAGCUACAGGAACAGCAGGAGAAGGCGCGCCAGGCGGCAGCGCUGCGGCCCGCACCCUGGACUGCCGCACCCGCGCCGCCCGCCGCCACCGUACAGCAGCCGCUCACCGAGAUCCAGCGCCAGGAGCGGGAGCGCGAGAGGCAACUGCAGCUGCAGCAGCAGCAGUUGCAACAGCAGCAGCAGCAGCAACAACAACAGCAGCAGCUGCAACAGCAACAGCAGAAUGCGAAUGCAGCGGCACAGAACUCCGCAGGUGCGCAGACUGGCAAUGGCAGCAGCGUGUUGGGAGGCCUACAGCUGCGGUGGGCGGAAGUGAAACCGCCGGUGCCCGCCGCAAAGUCGCUGACGGAAAUUCAGCAGGAGGAGCAGGAGAACCUUGCCAAGCAGCAGCUGGAGCGUGAACGGCUGCAGCAGCAGCAACAGCAGCAGCAGGCGGCAGCGGCGCCCGCCGUUGCCACGGCUAGCAUCUGGGGGUCGGCUUCCCAGUCGCUGUCCUGGGCCGCUUCUGUCAGUGCCGCCUCGCCCUGGGGAAACACCGGUGUCAAUUCCAACUCCACUGGUUCAGGCUUCUGGGAGGACGCGGCCAAAACCUCUGCAGCUGUGCCUAUUUCAAAGAGCCGAUCUGCCACAAACCACAACAACAACAUUAUCAACAACAACUCAUCGGGCAACAACAAGAACAGUGGUGGCAGUGCCAACACCACACAGCCGUGGAAAAACCUGCCAGCGAAUACGAAAACGCGCAGCAAGAAAGAGGAGGCCGUGGUCAUGAAGCUGUUCGAGCCUCGCCCUGACGAGUUCACGCAGUGGUGUACGGAUGCGCUCGGAUCUCUGAAACACUCCAUAGACGUGCCGACAUUUGUGGCAUUCCUGCGAGACAUCGAGUCAGCGUACGAAGUGAAGGAUUACGUGCGGGUGUACCUGGGCGAGGGUCGUGAUGCACAGGAGUUUAGCAGGCAAUUCCUCGAGCGUCGCAGCAAGCUGCAGCAGCAGAAGGCCGCACGGGAUCGCACGCCCGAGGACGACCUCAGCACUCCUGCGCCGGCAAUUACGCCCUCGCAAGAUUUCCACGAGGUUAAGGGAAAAGGGAAGAAAGCGAAGAAGAGUCGAAUGUACAAAGUGGACAGCCGCAUCCUGGGUUUCAGCGUAACUGCCGCUCAAGACAGGCUCAACGUCGGGGAACGGGAUUUCGGAGAUGGCAUGUGAGGGUGCAGGGAGAAAGGAACGAUGUGAAUUACAAUCCUGGUGCCGCAGCUGUGUAACAGGUUGUGCGCUGGCGCGGCUUUCUGCCUACCGCCUACGCGUACAGUGUCACUCUGUUCACCGAGCUCCGACUGCAGAUCUUGCAUCACCACGACGAGUGUGCUUUAGUGACCCGGUCUCCUGUUUUUGAGUCUCAGCUUUGUCUGUUGUCGGUGCUUUGCACCCGAAAUGCGAGUGGACUGUCAGUGGGAAUGCGUGGAAUGUGUCGCUUAUCGUUUUCGGGUACGGGAGAACGAGUACCGCUAUUUGCCAGAAGUCGGAGCUCUGGCGGCAACUCACCUCCUUCGAAAGGUGCAGAUGUGCCGGAGUGUCGGUCUUUAAUUUAUUAAAUCCUGUCACGAUUGACUGAAACAAAAUAGAGUCACUGUUAUUAUUUUUGUUUCUUCCUCCUUCUUUCUUCUUCUCAUUUUUGUUAGACCUUGCUACUUUUUGAUAAUUUUAUUUUUGAAAAAUUUAAAAAGAAAUGCUUGUGCCAUUUCUCAGGCACUACUUGUGGUGUUACUCAGUUACAAAAUUUGGACUGGCUACAGAACUUCAUUUACCUUGGCAUAUUUCAGAGUGAAAACCCAUAGUAUUUCCCUGAGUGUUUCUUUAAAAAAUAAUUGUUGGAUCCCUACUUUCCAAUGAGUCUCCCAAAUGAAUUAAAUUUUUUGAAGCAAAUGUUUUACGUGCACAACAGUAUUAUUUGUGUUUUGAAAAUGUUUUUGAGAUUCAUGAAAUGACAUUUGAAUAUUUUCCAAAAGAUUGUCAAAAGAGAGUAGGUUGCAUUCGAUAGUCUGUAAUUCAUUUUUCUUGGGCAGGUGUUGAAAUGCAGUUUUGUGCCUUUUAAGUGUGUGAUGGUUGAGAGAUUUCCUGUUGAAGAGUGACUAUGACUGUGUAUAAAAUUUGACACUUAAGUUGGUUUUGUUAUCAGCCAUUUUAUCAGAGCAGACAAAUAUUAGGAAGAAAAAAAGAGAGAGAAAUAAAGAGUAAACGUAUUCUGAAUUUUUUUUUUUUUUUUCCUCUCAGGUAUAAAUGCUGCGAAUAUGUGGCACUGAUCCUGUAAUGUUAUUCACUGCAAAAAAAAAAUAAAAAAAAAAUCACAUGAUAUUGACUUAACUGCCUGUGAAUGUAUUCUUUGCCAACAUUAUUCUUACUAGGCAAAUAUUUAUAGAGAACAUGUUGUUAAUGCAAAUAAAUUGAUAUAAUCGUUAA